AUGUCAGCGACGCGAACGCAGCAUUACGCUAUAUACCUGUCACAUUUCGAUUACAAAAUCCGAACAAAAAAGUCAAAAGAAAACGCAAAAGCGGAUGCAUUGACGCGUUUACCAAGCCAGGAAAUUGACAACCGUUGGGAAGAAGUAGAUUUGAUCGAACGUAAUGCAAUCGAAAACUUACCGGUCACAGCGGCGAACCUUAAUGAAGCGUCUAGAGUAGAUAAAGAAGUCGCCAAAUUAAUACAAUGCCUGAAAUAUGGGCAAGAAUGUGAACCCAAGGAGCGGUUCGGAAUAACUCAAACAGAGUUUACCUUGCAAAACGGCUGUUUACUUCGUGGUAUACGCGUUUACAUAGCACGACCAUUCUGUGAGAAGGUACUAGCGGAACUACAUACUGCGCAUUUUGGUAUGUCAAAAAUGAAAACACUAGCGCGGGCAUAUUGUUGGUGGGGUGGUUUGGACAAAGACAUAGAAACGCUUGUAUCUGACCGUGUUCAGUGUCAAGAAAUACGCGCAGAUCCAAAGAAGGUACAUUGCUGGAUGCAGCCAAGUAAGGCAUUCGAACGCGUCCAUAUUGACUAUGCGGGCCCAUUUUUAGGAAAAAAUUUACUGGUGUUAGUUGACGCCUACAGUAAGUGGCCAGAAGUCCAUGUAGUGACAAACAUAAAUGCAGAAACAACAAUACAGAAGGGUAAAGAAAUUUUCGCCCGUUUUAGUGUUCCGAACACCUUG